AUGGUGUUUGGACAAGUGGUGAUUGGUCCUCCUGGAUCAGGCAAGACAACUUACUGCAAUGGCAUGUCUCAGUACCUCUCUCUUAUCGGAAGGAAGGUUGCUAUUGUUAAUCUGGAUCCUGCGAACGAUGCAUUACCGUAUGAUUGUGCUGUGAAUAUUGAAGAGUUGAUUAAGUUAGAAGAUGUUAUGGUGGAACCUUCGCUUGGUCCUAAUGGAGGUCUUUUAUAUUGUAUGGAGUACUUGGAGAAAAACAUCGAUUGGCUCGAAGCUAAAUUAAAGCCGUUUCUAAAGGACCAUUACAUUCUCUUUGAUUUUCCUGGCCAAGUGGAACUGUUCUUCAAUCACGAGAGCACCAAGAAGUUUCUCACGAAGCUGACGAAAUCGUUCGACCUUAGAUUAACUGCUGUGCAACUAAUUGAUUCCCAUCUAUGUGCUGAUCCCGGGAACUAUGUAAGCGCGUUGUUUCUCUCCUUAUCCACAAUGCUUCAUAUGGAACUCCCGCAUGUGAAUGUCUUGUCUAAAAUCGAUCUGCUUGGAAGCUACGGGAAGCUAGCUUUCAAUUUAGAUUUCUAUACCGAUGUUCAAGACUUAUCGUACUUAGAGCGUAGUCUUAAUCAAGAUCCUCGCUCUGCUAAGUACAGAAAGCUAACGAAAGAGCUAUGUAGUGUCAUCGAAGAUUACGGUCUGGUUAAUUUUACAACCCUGGAUAUUCAGGAUAAAGAAAGUGUUGGGAAUCUGGUAAAGCUCGUUGAUAAGACCAACGGAUACAUAUUUUCGGGGAUUGAUGCAAGUGUUGUCGAAUACAGCAAGAUUGCAGUUGGUCAAACUGAUUGGGAUUAUAACAGAUAUCCUUUUAUUUUCUCCUACUUUCUAACCAUUGUUUCACUCGAUUCCUCUGUUUUUUUUCGUGUUAUGUCUACAACGAAAGAUGUUGUCUCUUUAACGAUAGUGUUUCACGGUUGCGGCUGUGCAAGAGAAGUACAUGAAAGACGAGGAAACACAAGACUGAGAAAGAAAUAG